AUGCAGGCGAGCGGCGAAGCGACGCCGCUCGACGCACUUUUCGGCGCUAGUUUCGACCUGAACGAUGCCACGCAGGACCCUGCCGAGGCCAAGCGCUUGCGGCGCGAGGCGCGGUUCCGCGCAGCGUUUGAGCACGCGCGCGAAACGUACACGGCCAAAAUCGACGACGAGGCAUGGUUUUUCGAGCACGGCGUCCAGGACGAGCCGCACGAGGUCGAGCAGGCAGUAGAGCUCGACGCAAAGACGACGCAGCGGCUGGAGGCGUGCAUUACCUAUCUCUACUUUAAGAAACGGUACGCUGCCGCGUACGCGUGGGCGUGCGCGCUGCUGCGGCGGCUGCAUGUGCUCGUCGAGAUGCCGAGUGGUGCGUGGCACGCGACAAGCACGUUCCCUGCGUAUCCCGUACGCUCCCAGACCAAGCUCCAAAAGUCGCUGAGUGGGUCGGGCGCCGCGCGUGAGUCACUCGAUAUAGCACUGCGGUGUAUGCUGCAGCUGCACCCUGAUACCCUUUGGACACUGUCCAACGAAGAACUUGGGAUUGUCGCUGCAGCGUUCCACAAGGUGCGCCUCGAUCCGGCCGAGUACCGCGGCCUCGUGGCCGGCGAUGUGGUCCAAGACGACGCUGUAAAAAAGAUGCUCUGGACGCCACUCCCCGGCCUUGCCGUGACGCUCGGCGACGUAUGUGCGCGCAGCGGACACUAUCGCAGCGCCCUCGAAGCCUAUGCGCUUGUCCUCGGCGUGCGUGGGCCGCAAUGGCGCAUCCUCGCGUCGUCUGCCUAUGCGUUUUCGGAGCUGGCGCACGGUACCAACAGCCCUGCGCUCUGCACGCUCGCACAGGCAUCGCUCGCAUGCGCACUCCAGGUCUGCACCUUUACGAACCGAGUCACGCUCGCACGCAACGCACUCGCAGGCAAGGUCCUGCGCCCCGAGCAUAUUCCCCCGCUGUCCUCGGCCCCCGCCGCGGAGCAGCACAGCGAGGCGAGCGAAGACGCGGCGCUCCUCCACGACCUCCUCCACACCGAGCCGCUGCGCCCCGAGGCAACGGUCGGUGUGCUGCAUGUUGCGCUGCGAAAGCGCGGCGGCGCAUCCCUACUGAGCAAGCGUCUCCCUUCUUACCUCUAUACUGCGCAGCAAAUGCUCCAAGGCAACGACACUGCAUGGUUCGCAUACGAAGACGACGCGCCCGCCGCCGAGGCCCCUCGUAGUGUCAAAACCUUGUAG